AACAUUCAUCACCAGAUUCACUAUCAUCAUAUAACAGCUUCCUCUUCUUCAAAAAAGUUAUUGUCUUAAACACAUUAAAAUAACACAAAUCAAAUGAUCUCCAAAAGUUGAUUAUCUCUCUUUAUCCAUCUUCUUCGUUUCUGAAUAUCAAACUUUGUUUUCGAGCUUAACCUAAACCCCCGAGUUUUCUCGCAAGAUUAUCUUGAUAAAAAAAACCAACCAUAGAUGCUUGAAUUUUGAGCAAUGGAUAUGACUCCUAAAUCUCCUGAACCCGAAUCCGAAACUCCGACCAGGAUCCAACCAGCGAAACCAAUCUCCUUCAGCAACGGCAUCAUCAAACGCCACCACCACCACCACCACCCAAUAAUCGCCGUCACAUACAAAGAAUGCCUCAAGAACCACGCGGCGGCGAUUGGCGGUCACGCGCUCGACGGUUGCGGCGAAUUCAUGCCUUCUCCUUCCUCCACGCCUUCCGAUCCAACUUCCCUCAAGUGUGCCGCCUGCGGUUGCCACCGUAACUUCCACCGCCGUGACCCCGACGAUUCAUCCCUCUCUUCCGCCGUUCCGCCACCGUCUCUCCCUCCAUCCUCCACCACCGCCGCCAUCGAGUACCAGCCUCACCACCGUCACCACCCGCCUCCACCAGCUCCUCCUCUCCCUCGCAGCCCUAAUUCCUCUUCUCCGCCGCCUAUCUCCUCCUCUUACAUGCUCCUCGCUCUCUCCGGCACCAAUAAAUCCGCCGGAAACAACUUACCGUUCUCAGAUCUCAACUUCGCCGCCAACAAUCUCUCCACUCACCACCACACCCCAGGUUCUAGGAAGCGAUUCAGGACGAAAUUUAGCCCAAUUCAGAAGGAGAAGAUGCACGAAUUCGCCGAUCGAAUCGGGUGGAAGAUUCAGAAGCGCGACGAGGAGGAAGUUCGCGAUUUCUGCCGCGAGAUCGGAGUCGAUAAAGGAGUCCUCAAGGUCUGGAUGCAUAAUAACAAAAACACCUUCAACAACCGCCGCGACCACCAAUUUUCCGGCGGAACCGCCGUUCAGAGGAUCGAUAAUAACGGCGUCGCGGUUUCCGGCGUCGAGAACGCUAAUAACAACGUUGAAGAUGAUGGCGUUCGAGGUGGAAGCGGUUUAGAACACGACCUACAUCGCGGCGGUGGUGGGAGGUUCGAGAGUGAUAGCGGCGGAAACGCGAACGGCUCGUCGUCUUCGUCGUGAAGAAGAGAAAGUGUUGUCGUUUCGCAGGGAAAGAGCAAUAAGGAAGCUUUAGCUUUAGAUCAUAGAGAGUAAGCACUGCUAUUAUCUUCGUUAAUACGUUUAUUAAUAUUAAUUUAAACACUUUUAGCUCUUUUUGUUUUGUUUAGUUCCCUUUGUUUUCGGAUUUUAAAUUGAUCUUCAUUACCACGUAAUUGUCCCAAGGAGGUAAUAAAUAUAAUGUUCCGUAGUUCACUAAAA